UUUGUCCCUACAGCUCAAAUAGAAGUAAUACCUUGUAAAAUCUGUGGAGACAAAUCCUCAGGAAUUCACUAUGGAGUGAUCACGUGUGAGGGCUGUAAGGGAUUCUUCAGACGGAGUCAACAGAACAACGCGUCCUACUCCUGUCCUCGGCAGAGAAACUGUCUCAUCGACAGAACCAACAGGAACCGCUGCCAACACUGUCGUCUGCAGAAAUGUCUGGCUUUAGGAAUGUCCAGAGACGCGGUGAAGUUUGGUCGUAUGUCAAAGAAGCAGCGGGACAGUUUGUACGCUGAGGUCCAGAAACAUCAGGCCCGACUGCAGGAGCAGCGACAGCAGCAGACUAGCGAUGCCGAAGCUCUGGCUCGAGUUUACUCUUCCAGUUUGACCAACGGACUUUCAACACUAAACCAUGAGAUCGGUGGUACCUACGCCAAUGGACAUGUCAUCGAGCUGCCCAAAGGUGGCCACAUCAAUGGAGGAGGAGUGCCAGGGGGUUACUAUGGGAUGGACUCUACUCAGGCAUCUCCGGACCAAUCGGGUCUGGACAUGUCAGGCAUGAAGCACAUUAAACAAGAGCCAGUGUACGACCUGACGCCAGUUCCAAACCUCUUUAGCUACGGAGGUUACCAGGACAGUCAGCUGGGAGGCAGCGGCGUUAGCAUGGGAGAGCUGGACCGAAUCGCUCAGAACAUCAUUAAGUCUCACUUGGAGACUUGUCAGUUCACGGCGGAGGAGCUGCAGCAGCUUGUCUGGCAAACGCACUCCUAUGAUGAGGUCAAGAUGUACCAGAGUAAGCCCCAGGACGUGUUGUGGCAACAGUGUGCCAUCCAGAUCACACAUGCAAUCCAGUAUGUGGUGGAGUUUGCCAAGAGAAUCUCAGGGUUCAUGGAACUGUGCCAGAAUGACCAGAUCCUCCUGCUUCUUCCAGGUUGUUUGGAGGUGGUUUUAGUGCGGAUGUGUCGGGCCUUUAAUCCACUUAACAACACGGUGCUGUUUGAGGGAAAGUAUGGAGGAAUGCAGAUGUUCAAAGCUCUAGGUUGCGAUGACUUGGUGAGUGCAGUCUUUGACUACGCCAAGAGUAUGUGUUCACUGCAACUGACAGAGGAAGAAAUCGCUCUCUUUUCAGCAGCUGUGCUCAUUUCCACAGAUCGUCCAUGGCUGAUGGAGCCUCGGAAAGUCCAGAAGCUCCAGGAGAAGAUCUAUUUUGCCCUGCAGCACAUCAUGCAGAAGAACCACAUGGACGAAGAUGCUCUGUCUAAGCUGAUCAGCCGAAUCCCGACAUUGUCGGCACUGUGUACUCUUCACACUGAGGAGCUGCAGGCCUUUCAGCAGCUUCAUCCAGAAACGGUCAAUGUUCUCUUCCCACCACUGUACAAAGAACUGUUUAACCCAGACCCCAAUUCCACCAUGACCCUGACCAAGUGACCCACAACCCCAACACCGCCACGCCCCUGCCGAGAUGAGCCCAAGCUCCAACUCUGCCAUGACUGAGUGACAAACUGGCCCACAGACAUAUUUCUGCCAUUACCUUUCCCAAGUGACGCACUCCCCUACUGCUGCCAUGACCCUGGGCCAGGGUGAGCUUUACUCAAAUGCUAAUGUUGCGAUGACGCUUCUCCCUAUUACCCAGUGCAUAAAAGUUGCCAGCAGCGGGACCAAGUGACCCACAAUUCCAGUAAAGCCAUGACCCUGUAGAAGUGACCCACACGAGCCACACCAAUGCUGCCAUGACCCCCUUCACGUGCAACAGUGGGGACCAUGGAAUCCAGACCACAAUAGUGUCUAAAGAUGGAUAAAUGCAACAGUAGGGAUUCUGACUCCAUGACGGAGUUGGUGACGUCUACUGAGCUCCGUCAACCUUGUGUCAGGCAGUGAGAAUUUGUCUGACGCAAAGUCAGUCACUGCCAACAAGACCAGGAAUGUCCAGCACUUAUGUCCACCUGUUUCACAGAUACAAGUGGAAGAAUGUAUAUAUAAAAUUAUACAACACACACACACACACACAGAGAAAUUGAACAGACUCCGAGCCACGACCUGAACGUCGGUUCUCACCUUGACUGACUAGAAAUGUACAGACUUUAAAAAAGACAUUUGACGUCUUCAAUCCUUUAUGGAGAUAACAAUGAGGGAAGAUUAUUUGUUUUACUUUAAAAAUAACUUUUUAUUAAAACUGGAAAAAAUGUCUUGGGGGCGGGAACUGUUGUAGAGAGUCCUUUAGUACAGAGCAGAUUCCAGUAUUAAGUUAGUCUUAAUUUAAAUAUCCAGCUUAACUUUGUCCAUGUGUUGUUUUUAUUUUUAAAAAAAUAAUCAUUCAAUAGUUUGUGUACAGAAUUUGUAAAGUCAAAACAUUCUAAAUGAUUUGGGUUAGAGAGUGGGAUUUGGCUGGAUUGGGAGUUCUUACUCAAGCCUUGUCUGGAUUUUGUUCGUACGUGAGUAAAGAGGCUGAAGUUUCUUUGUAUUUAUUAACUGUUAAUGUAAAAAGAGAAUAUGAAGGACUUAAAACAGAAAUAAGUGCUUAGUACUUUUCAGGCGGAUGAUUAUCUAUCUAAAUAUUCUAUUUUGCAAAAAAAAAAAGGCUAACAAUCAUCUUUUUUCCAUGUUGCAAUAAUUAUGUCCAAUAAAAAAUGGACAGCUAUUGAACAAUCAGCUAAUCAGAAACCAGGAGCCUGCAAUAAUACCCACCCUCUGAAACUAGUGGUGAAUUUCUCAUUUAUUCUUUCAUGUUGGUGCGAUACUUGUUGUAAAAAAAACCCAGAAUCUAAUUUGAAUUGAGACAAACUUGAACCUGGACAAUCAUUUUAGCAUUAUUCACAGUUUUUAUACUCAUCCUCAUGUUACUAUUUGCACAAUCCAGUUUAGGGAUGUAGACCACUCCGGACUGAAAUUAUGAAGGAAACAUUUUUAAAAGGCCUCGGAUGCUGUCGUUACCACUACCGUCCAGAAGAGGGCAGCAUUUAAAAAACGAUGCACUAUAUUUAGAUGUUGUUAACUACUGAACCUCAUCCCACAGUUGUACAAGUAGUGUAAGUGUGCGUAUACUUCAUACUUCAACCUUCAAAUCGGUGACUGACAUUUGUUUCACAGAAAAUGUUUUAUGAUUUUUAGGCAUCUUCCACAUCAAAGUUAAUACAAAAGUGAGUAAUCUUGGUUAAUAUAACGAUUAACUACUGGCCCACUGCUGCCUCAUGUGGUCACUGUGGUGUAUUUCUGUGGUCAGACAUGAAACCACCCUGUAAAUUCAAUAACAGCUCAUAAAGACCAAGAAGUUCUCAUUAAAAAGCACUUAAAAUUAGGAAUUCUUCCCUGUGUUAAUUACCUUUGAUGUUAAAUCGUUUUUUAAAUAAUAUUUUUUCAACUCCAACACCAGACCUGAGAAAGGAAAAAGAGACAAUCACUUAAAACCCAAUGCACUAAUUGCAGCAGAAUCUCAGGGAGCAGCUUUUCUCGCUUUCAUCUGAAGUGGGACCAACAUUUUUGCAAAUGAAAAACACAAAUUAUAAUGUAACUUUUUAAAUUGUUCAAAUCUUUAUCUGAAAUGGAAUCUGCCCAGACAAGGCUUUGAUAAGUGUGUGUGUUUGUGUGCGUGUAUGCAUGUGUGUGUUUUAGUGUGACUUUGCUGUCCAAAUGUCUUUUACGCUCCAGAAUUUUAAUAAUGAUAUUUUGUUUAUUGUAGCAUGUAGAAAAUGUUAACUAAAUACAUUUUCUAAUUCUAAUUCUGACCUUGUUUCAUGUCCAGUCACGAGUUUAGUUGUUUAUCUCCAGCGUCAUUCAUCGCUCCAGUUGUCAAACUUCUGUGGUGUCAGUUCUCGGAGACUGUUGUUGUGUUUACUGCCUAAUGCUGCUUAUUGUAAAUGAAGUAAUUUCAGAAGUAAAAAUGUGAAUCAAGCGCCAUCUUAAAAAAAAUAAGAGUGUCAGUGAAUCCAUGAUUCAUGAUUGUUUUUAUUCUUUCUUGUUUAGACUGUGAAACAGGGUGGAGACAGAGUUUAUGAUCAUGUGACCAGUCUGUCAGUAAAAAACUGUAGCAAAAAAACAAAACAAAAAGUGACAGCAACUACUGCUGUCAUGGUUUGCUUUGUAAGAUUAUUUUAUAUUUUAUUAUGAUUAAUAAUUAUUAUUGUUGUUCUUACUCUGACUCCUAUUCUAUUACUAUUAGACUCUUGUUGUUCUGUUCUAUUUGCAUGAUGUUUCAUUUAUGUUGAAACAAGUUUCGGGGC